ACAGUUCCCCCUUCCCCUCCUCCCUGUCCUAAGUGGGGGUCCGCGGGUCGGACCGGCGCCUGCCCAGGAGGAAGUCCCCCGGGCCGGGCGGCCGCGGGCCCAUGAACAGCCGGGCCCCAGGGACGCUGGCCGUGGGGAGAGUGAAAUUCUUCAGCCGGCACCGCGGGGAGGUCAACUCCUCCGCCUUCUCUCCCGACGGCCAGACGCUGCUCACAGCCUCCGAAGAUGGCUGUGUGUAUGGCUGGGAGACCCAGAGUGGGCGGCUGCUGUGGAGGCUGGGUGGCCACACAGGCCCCGUGAAGUUUUGCCGCUUCUCUCCUGAUGGCCGCCUCUUUGCCAGCACCUCCUGUGACUGCACCAUCCGCCUGUGGGAUGUGGCAGAAGCCAAGUGUCUGCAGGUCCUAAAGGGUCACCAGCGGAGUGUGGAGACGGUCAGCUUCAGCCCUGACUCGAAGCAGCUGGCAUCGGGUGGCUGGGACAAGCGGGUGAUGCUCUGGGAGGUGCAGUCUGGCCACGUGCUUCGCCACUUAGCAGGGCACCGAGACUCCGUCCAGAGCAGUGAAUUCGCACCCAGCUCAGACUGCCUGGCCACUGGCUCCUGGGACGCCACCAUACGCAUCUGGGACCUGCGGACGGGGACCCCAGAGGUCUACCAGGAGCUGGAGGGCCACAGUGGCAACAUCAGCUGCCUGUGCUACUCAGCAUCUGGCCUCCUGGCAUCUGGCUCCUGGGACAAGACCAUCCACAUCUGGAAGCCCUCGACCAGAAGCCUGCUCCUCCAGCUCAAGGGCCACGUCACCUGGGUGAAGAGCAUAACCUUCUCCCCUGAUGGGCUGCAGCUGGCCAGCGCUGGCUACUCGCGCAUGUUUCAGGGAAAGGAAAUGGGGACUGCACCGAACCCUGACACAAGAUACUACGCUGGGCAUUUUAAAUACAACUCAAGACAACGGCACCCAGACCAAGAAUUUAAGGUCAAAGUCUGGGACUGCAACACGGGAAAGUGCAUGGAGACGCUGAAGGUGAGGCCUGUGGCUGAGGCACCCAAAGGGAGUCCUGGACGUGGCCCAUGCCUGCACCUUCACCCCAGAUGGGAGGCUCUUAGUGUGUGGAGCUGCAGAUCAGGCAAGACGCCAAGUCCACCGCAGUCAAAUCACGCAGGCUCUCUCGAAGAUGACACCACCUCGGAUGGCUCCUGGACCUCAUGCCCUGCGUCUCCCUGCCCAAGGCGCAAGGGGCCCGGUGGAAUGAACCUGGGAAAGGACAGUCAGGCAGCCCUCCACCACAGGCCCAAAGUCACCACCACAGGGCACCCAAUGAUCCCUGUGGUCAGAACCGUGCCGGCCCCAGACCAGGGCGGCUGACGCUGCGCAGGCAUGCUGACAUCCACCCGGCACCUGGUAACCAUGACCAGGGCCACGCCAGCCCCUCUCCAGCCCGGUUAGUUGAGACACCGCAAACACAAAGCACCACCAGCCAGUUUGUGUGUUUUAUUGAGGCGGCGACUCUCAGGCCUUGACCGCGUACUUCCGCAGGGGGUACAGCCGCUCCUUCCGCUGCUGCUUCUUGGUCUUCAGGUUCUCUUCGUGCUUGUUGAGCCGGCGGCGCAUGGCACGUGUUUUCUUGGGCCGCAGAUCCA